AUGCAGGAUUUUUCGGUGUCAUCUUCGUUGAGUUCUGAAAUAGAUAUCGAGGAUCUUGCUAAUGACGGUUUUUGUACCUGCACCGAAGAGUAUACUCCAGACCAACCGCUAACUCACAAAUUAUUGUUGGAAUGCACUUCAAUGCACAGAGAUUUCACCGAUUUUGAGGAUUCUCUGACGCUGCAAAGAUAUUUAACCAACAGGAGACUGUCCAGAGAGCCGUUGUCCGCAGAUCAAAUUGCGUUCAUCUUUGAGCAAAUCGUUGAUGCACUCGUUUACCUGCAUGUUCCCUUCAAACCUCACGGUGUGAUAGUUAAUGGAAGUCUCAGUACAUCAACAGUUCUUAUCGAUCAGCAUAUGAACAUACGCAUGCUCCUCCCUGGUAUGACUCGCAGUCAAAUUGAAAAGUGGCUCUACUCCGAUGCCCCAGAGCUGGUCAUCCCCAAUCGGUAUAUGGUGCAUAAGAAUGUCUACCUGAGCACAAAAGUCGAUAUUUGGUCGCUUGGAAAGAUCCUUUUGGAUUUGGCGACCCUGGGCACCGGGUUGAGUUCCUUAACAAAACAGCCCCACUUUGCAGCAGUGUACCCGCAGUGGAUUAGUGAAACUAUUUUCCGUUCUCUGAGUCUAGAUCCAGCGGAAAGACCCUCCGCCAUUCACCUGUUGCAUAUACCUGAGUUGAAGAGGGCUAGAACCAGUCGCUUAGAGGCGUGCUCUAAUACUUCUAGCGCCAACAGGACUGCAUCCCAACUAGUCGAUAAAGCAGUUGAUUCUAUUACCGGGUUUAUUCAAAAAGAGAUGCUUAGACGCCGUGAUCUCGAAGUACUUACGACUACGCUGUUUGAGGCCAGUGCAAUCUCUUUUGAAGCAGCAGCUUCUACUGAUGAUGUCUUUUUGGCAGCUUCUCUACUCACGUGUGCUCACGACCCAGAUACUCUCCGAAACACGCUGUCUAUCGCGCGAUCAAGAAGGUCCACACGAAUUCUUCUCAUGAUUAGCGAGUAUGUUUCCACACAUGGACUUUUUACUGUUCCCUCUCUUUCUCCUGCAGUGCCUGUCCAUGAAAACACUUUAGCUAUGAGGUAUGUUCAUGACUGUCAAGUUCAUGAGUUAAAAGAGUUAUGGCUUAGUGACUCCUUCUUCUCCCUCAAGCAUUGUGCCUUCAAUGGGCACACGGCUCUCAUGAUGGCAGCUUAUCGUGGCUAUGAUACGUGUGUUCGCAUUUUGCUGAAUGAGUUUGCCACUGAGAGUACUGAGUCCUCAGCACUUCUCCUGGCUAUGAUGAGUGGCCAUUACAAAUGUAUCAAACUGCUUUCGCUAGAGAUUGGGCUUAACGGAGUCACCCCCCUCAUGUACUAUGCCUCCCUUGGAAACGUGGCUUAUGUUGGCCAUUGUCUUGAAAGCCCUAUACUGGCUAACUGUCUCAGAGGCCAGACAACAACUGGGUGGACAGCGCUUAUGUUCGCAGCCGCUGGAGGCUUUACACUUUGUGUUAACUUACUUUUAGCUGACGAACAAGGAAUGCAGGAUAACAACGGUGAAACAGCCUUGAUGAAAGCAGCGUCCAGGAAUAAUAACAACGUAAUCCAGCUACUUCUUCAACAGGGCUCCACUGAAUUGGGAAUGAAGGCAUUCGAUGGCCGUACAGCACUGAUGAUUGCGGUUCAGAAUACUGCAUUAGAAAGCGUUUUAUUACUACAGCAACACGAGCAAGGGUUGAGUGAUUUUUCAGGAGUCACCGCUCUUAUGUUCGCAGCUCAAGGGGGGUUUGCCGAAGCCAUCACAAUUCUUUACUCUACGGAGACAGGUAUCAAGGAUAGUUUUGGCUUAACUGCGCUAAUGUACGCUGCAAUGUCUGGCUAUUGUGACUGUGUGCAGCUCCUUGCCACGUCGGAGGCGGGUGCUCAAGACGAGUCAGGUGCCACCGCCCUCAUGCAUGCGGCGCAGAACGGACACCAUGGUUGUGUAAGAUACCUCCUAGGAAAAGAGUUAGGGAUGCAAGAUAGAACUGGAUGGACUGCACUAAUGUGGGCUACCCAAGGGAAUUAUGCCACAUGUGUCAAGGAAAUCUUGGACUGGCAGAUGCACACUACCAUUUCACCAUGCAGUACAUCGGGACUAGAACUUCAACCACACGGUGUCGACGCUCCGGACUCUUUUGUAGACCUAUCCUGUGAUGCCUCGAUAUAUCCAUCCAACUUACAAGGUUAUAUUCCAGAAACAGGCAUGCAAUCGUCUAACGGAUCUACGGCUCUAAUGAUUGCUGCGCAAAAGAAUCAUCUGUCCUGCGCCCAGCUGCUUGCAAACUACGAGGGUGGGAUGGUCGACAAUUCAGGAUCGACCGCGCUCAUGAGAGCCGCGUUUUCUGGGGCCAGUGACAUUGCUUUGCUUCUUCUAGAAACAGAGGCCCGGCUCCAGCGCCAGGACGGUUUGACAGCGCUUAUGUACGCAGCCCAAGCAGGAAUGGAUCUCUGUGUUCAGCUGCUCAUCCCAUGGGAGCUGGGGAUGGUUUGCAGCGGCGGAAAAACGGCCCUAAUGCUUGCUGCCCAAGCACGGCAUCCUAACUGUGUUAGAGCGCUCAUAAUGGCCGAGGCACAGGAGGAGAAUUCUCUAUAUAGCCAUAAGUGCGCACACUUUGACGGAUACAUCACGUACUUUCCUAGUACACCCGCAGCGCUUAGCUGCUCUUUACAUCCAACUAUUGCCACAAGAGAAACAUGUAUGCGCGACGAGGCUGGUUGGCCGGCCUUGUUCUACGCAGUUGUCUCUGGGGAUAGUAUUUCUGCAAGUUUGUUGUUAGAGUCAGAGGGCCAUAUUUCCUCGGUUCAGGGCCAGACCGCGCUUGACUUAGCUGCGGAGCGAGGAGACCUGGAACUUAUAGAGAUUAUUAAAACAUAUGGAUCGCUAUAG